UAGGCGUAAUGGACGUAUCAUCCGAUGCUCCCAGCUUCAUCCUUAGCGUAGCGGAGACGCGGGAGAAGCCAGGCCCGACAUGACAGCGCCGGGACGGGAGAAGAAAGCACGCCAGCAGCCGCGGUUGACCGUCCGGCCCGAAGCGGUGUGUGCAGCGGGUCGCUACGCCGUGUUGGCUGCCCUGUGCGCCCUGUGCUACAGCAACUCUCUCCGCGGGGAAUUGGUGCACGACGAUGUUUGGGCUAUCAUCAACAACCCGGACGUCCGACCGGGCUCCAGCCUCAGAAACAUCUUCAACAACGACUUCUGGGGCAAGAGGAUGGCGGACAAUACGAGCCACAAGUCCUACAGACCGCUAUGCAUCCUUACCUUCAAGUUGAACAUCCUGCUGGGUGGCAUGACGCCUCUGUAUUUCCACAUCAUAAACGUGUGUUUGCACUGCGCCGUAACCUGCCUGCUCAUGCACACGUGUGAACGAUGUGUGUUCGAAGACUCGCGCCUGGCCUUUGUCACAGCACUCCUCUUUGCUGUGCAUCCUGUCCACACCGAGGCUGUGUCUGGUAUAGUGGGCAGAGCUGAUGUCUUGGCGUGUCUGCUGUUCUUGCUGACGUUCCUCUCCUACAUCAGGAGUGUGGGUGUGUGUUACUCAGAGGACUCUCUGCCCUCCGCAGUGUCAGCAUUGUGUCUGCUCCUCACUUUGUUGCUGGGCACCUGCGCCAUGCUGGUCAAGGAGACAGGCAUCACUGUGUUCGGAGUGUGUGUGCUCUACGACGCCCUGGUGCUGUGCCGCAAGCCCCUCAUCUAUGACUUGUCGGGCUCCAGACUCAGGGACCUCCACCACAUCUGCAGCCCCUUCAUUAAACGAGCCUGCCUCAUCUCUGGCUACGUGGUGAUCAUCAUGUCAGUCAGGCUGUGGCUGAUGGGAGGAUCCAUGCCCCUCUUCUCUGAACAGGACAACCCCGCCUCCUUCUCACCCUACCUGCUUACCAGGCUUUUGACCUAUUCUUACCUGCUGUCCUUCAAUGCCUGGCUGCUGCUGGCCCCCAUCGUGCUGUGUUACGACUGGCAGGUGGGCAGCAUUCCCCUGGUGGAGUCGCUGGGUGACGUGCGCAACGUGGCCACCGUGCUGCUGGCCGUAGUGAUGGUUGCUCUCUGCCUGCACUGCAUCUUCUCACAGCAGAGACAGGAGAGCAGGGAGGUGUUGGUGGGAAUGUUGUUUCUGGUGUUUCCCUUCAUUCCUGCCAGUAAUCUUUUUUUUAGGGUUGGAUUUGUUGUGGCUGAGAGGGUUCUAUACAUGCCAAGUAUGGGUUACUGUAUCCUGGUUGUUCAUGGCCUGGGUCGGCUGUGUUCAGUGGUGGGCCGUUGGGGCACCACACUCCUCAGUGUCUCCAUGCUGCUGCUACUCCUGCUCUUCUCCUGGAAGACUGUCCAACAGAACCAUGUCUGGCUCUCCAGGGAGGCCCUAUUCCGCUCUGGUAUCCAGACUCUGCCUCACAAUGCCAAAGUCCAUUACAACUACGCCAACUUCCUGAAAGACAGUGGCCGCCACCAGGAGGCCAUUCACCACUACACUACUGCCCUCAGGUUAUACCCCCGCCAUGCCAGCGCUAUGAACAAUUUAGGCACUCUGACUCGCAACCCAGAGGAGGCUGAGCACUACUACAGGAAGGCAUUGGACAUCAACCCUCAGCACAACCGAGCACUGUUUAACCUGGGAAACCUCCUCAAGUCCCAGGGGAAGGAGAAAGAGGCUGAGACUCUGCUGAAGGACUCUAUCCACUUUGGGCCACAUUUUGCUGAUGCUUAUUCCAGUCUGGCAUCACUCUAUGCUGAGCAGAAACGCUUUGCUGAAGCCAAUGAAGUGUAUCUAAAAGGUAUAGAGAACUGUCCAGACAGCUCUGACCUACAUAAUAACUACGGAGUCUUUCUGGUGGAUACGGGUGAGGGGGAGCUAGCAGCUGCUCACUACCAGCAAGCUGUUAGACUCAAACCAGCACACUAUGUUGCCAUGGUGAACCUGGGCCGCCUGCUCCGAUCUUCCAAUGAGAACAAAGAAGCUGAGUCUUGGUACAAGAGGGCACUGCAGGUGACGAGGAAGGUGGACAUCCUGACUCCGCUCGGGGCUCUGUACUACAACACGGGCCGGUACGAGGAGGCCCUGCAGGUGUACAAAGAGGCCGUCGGCCUUCAGCCAGACAGCACGGACAUCUGGCUGGCUCUGGCUCAGGUUUUAGCCAUGGCUGGUCGUACCAAAGAAGCAGAGAAGAUGACCCUGGACAUCAUAUCAAGAGAGGGCAGUUGUAUCGAAUGUUACCGCCUCCUGUCUGCCAUCUACAGCAAGCGCGGCAAUUACACAGAAGCACUGGAUGCUCUGGACAAGGCCCUGCAGCAGAGUCCCAGUGAUAUGACAGUUAGAGCAGAGCUAUAUUUCUCCAAAGGAAACCAGCUCAGAGAGAUGAACCAGCUGGACCGAGCCUUUGAGAGCUACAAGCUGGCUGUGGAACUCAAACCUGACCAGUCCCAGGCCUGGAUGAACAUGGGAGGGAUUCAGCACAUUAAGGGAGACUAUGCAGCAGCCAGGAUGUACUACCAGCGAGCCCUGCUUCUUAGCCCCGGUUCCAAACUUCUGAAGGAAAACCUGGCCAAGCUGGACCGGCUGGAGAGGAGACUGACAGGGGGAGCAUAGACCACUAUGAUUUCCCAAACACUGCACCAUCCUAGGCACAGACCAGGGGAGCCCCCUGGAGCCCAAACACCAGCCACUGUGCUGCUGAAUAAUACUGAACUGAUCUGGUUACUAAGAUGAACAGCCUGAGUGAGAGCAGAGGAGGAGGGUGAACUUUUCAGGUUUGCAGUGUGUUUGGAAGUGGACCGGGUUUGCUGGAAUCAAAAAAACUGAUUAAGCCACAGUCCAGAAGCCUUUUCUUGAGUAAGCAGAAGGGAAUGGCUGAAUGAAGACCACUGGGUGCUCCAUGUGUUGCCCUCUCUGGAUUAGCUUUACAUCAACAUGCACAUCUGCUUAAGACAUUUGUGUUUGAUUGAUUAUUAUUUAGAUUCAUGUGACAUCAUUUCCUUUAUGGGACUUAAUCACAGAUUGUAUUUCAGUCCUCUGUUGGAAUUAAUCAUGUAUUUGCAUUGGUGCAGUAAAAGUAUAUGGAAAUAUGUUACUAUUAUGAAGGGAAUAAGCAUGGGAACAGUAUGUCUAAAGCUGAAAACACACCAGCACAACCGACGCACGUCAAGUGCCGCCCAGCACACACAGGUUGUGUUGCGCUGCAGCUCAUCAAUAGGUGACCACACAAAGUAUUGUUACUGAAAGAUCUGUACCACUUUUACUUGUGUUAGCUUAAAAUCAUGUGGACACCCACUAGUUAAAGUUGAAAUCCCACCUGAAGAGCCGAUCCCCAGAGCUAUAACUCACCAAGAGCUAUCUUUUUGGCCAUUCUCCAUUCCAGUCCAGGAACGCCAACACACGUCUAGCUGCCACCAGUGUGGGGUUGCACAUUGCAAAUAAUAUGGUCAUAUUUUUUGACAUGUGCCAUUUGCUGCCGGUGUGUUUUGGCCUUAAUGAAAUAAUCUAAGCUUAAAGGUCCACUCACUAGCUUUCAGAACUUUCAACUGCAUCUCAAAGUCGUCUUUGGCGAAUGGAGCUUGCUCAGGUGUCAUCAGGUGGCCUGACUUACACCUGGUCACUUGGUCACUCAUUCACUCACACACACACACACACACACACACACACACACACACACACACACACACUCACACACACACACACACACACACACACACACACACACAGGGACAAUGAUUAGGACAGGUCAGCUGCCCUUUGCACUUUUACCCUGUGCCCUAUUGUCAAACCAGCCCAGGUGCUUGUUCCUCUUCUGAAUCAGUAGACUGGGAAGCAUUGGGUGCAGAGUGUGCUUUUUUUUCAUCCAGAGAAAAUAAAAUACAGCUAUGUAGCAUUUGCUGUGCUACCCAACUACUUAGAGGAAUAACAGUUGACUGCUUAAAAGGUUGUGUGCUUUUUAAAAUGGUCAAGCAACCUAAAACCAGUUUUACUGUAUGUGGUGGUACAGUUCUAUACUGGUCACAAAUUUGUCUCACCUUUUGACAAGAAAUUUCUGACUCAAGUACCAAGUCCUCCUGGAGAAUUCAAAAGCUCAAAUUAUUCAUGUUGUAUGAAUCAAAGUUAAGGUACAACAUUCAGCUGAAAUUGACAUGGUUGAACUUGACUCUGUUAGCCUUAAAAAAGUACAAAACUACAUCAUCCACUCACAGUUGUAGAGUGUUUUUAAAGAGUGGCAUUUCUUGUUACAAGUGAAGUGGAAUUCAGGCAGGACCACUUCAUUCAAAGAAAACUUUAUUUCCAUUUGCAGUAUUAUAUUUGGUGGUAUGGCUCUGUUCUGGGAUCUCUCUGCCUUUCCUUAAGAGAGCACAACUCUCUGUCCUUCCACUCACAAACGAGGAAAGCCUGAGGCAGAGAGAGAACACGUCUCUGCCCUUCCACAUGCAUACCAGGUAGGGCUGGGCGGUAGGACAAAAUUUUCAUAUCACGUUUUUUUUUUUUUUAAAAAUCACAUUGGUUUCAUGGUAUUUGAUGGUAUUUUGCUCGGGUUCGGCCCCCUUGUCAUGCUGCUGUGUUGUGCUAUGGCCUAUUCAAGUGCUGGAAUUUGUUAUUUGCGUGGCAACGCCUGAAUGCAACACAAGCUCCGCUCCAUUAGUGCCAUGCUCGGUUAUAAUUGUUUCGGACUCGGGUCGGCUUCGGUCAGGAAAAUGCGGCCCAAGCCGUACUCUAGUGUGCUCACCCAUCGGGGCGAAACUCCACCGUGCGCAAUACAGAGAGCAGAGGAGAAUGUAAACACUCGAUCAUGUAGAGACAGAAAUGACAUGCCGUCAUGUAAAUAAGAUAAAUAACAUAAGGCUAUUUAGUUUGUUUAAUAAAAGGACAAGGUAUAGACCUGUUCUAUAGGCCAGGAUAUGAAGCGUCCGUAAAAAUCAUCAGCGGCGGCAUAUAUAUAUGCAUAUAGGGGAAACACUGCUCUUUUUGGUAUUAGUUCUUAUGGGUCAUCGUGUUCUUCUUCAGCAACGUGUACAGUUGCUUCGCCUUCAGAACUUUCUCCGGCAGCCAUUCUCCCUCUAAACUUUUCUCUAUUCUUUCACUCUCGCCAGUUCUAGCAUCCCUGUGGUGUGCAGCGGUGAAAUGGGUCCCUGCUGAAACACUUUACAGCCACGCACGUUCCGGACGUUGUUUGGGCAAUUCACCAGUAUUGGGAUAUAUGAAAAAUUCAUAUCAUAACAAAAAUAAAUACCGGUUUUCGGUACAAAGCGGUAUACUGCACAGCCCUAAUACCAGGAAAGCCUGAGGCAGAGAGAGCAAACCUUUCUGCCAUUCCAGAGCAGCAGCAAAGCCCCCCUGGGAACAGAACA